AUGGCUGUUCCGGUUCUGGUAGAUGUUAGCAACUUGCAAGUUGACCUAGACGAUGACUAUUCACUCAAGGAAGCUAUCAGCAUAGUUGAGUCAGAGAUAGCAGACAGACUCUCUGACACAGAGAGCCAAGAACCAUGUUAUCCACCAAGUUUGAAACAAGUGUCAGCUCAGAGCGACACCAUCCAGGAGACAUUCAACAACUCCAAGACCCAGUGGAUCGACGACCCCAUCAUCAGCCAAUGGCGCAGUCCCCAUCACCGAAUCCAUGAUGUCCUCUCAGAAAUCAACGACCUGCACACCACCUGGAGGUCCAGACAACUCCAGCCCUUCUCUCCCUCAUCAGACGAUCUCUGGCUCCAGACUGGUCGCGUACUCGCCGAGGUCGGCCUCCCCUGGCACAACAACCAGAUCAACAUGCCGAACGAGAUCGACACGAGCUGGCCCUUCCAUUUCAAGUCUUUUGAGACGAAGGUGCUCCAAGCUAAGGGCGCUCGUGUGGGCGAUCCGAACCCGUCCGGGUACGUGUGCAGUUCCAGCGAGGCCAACCUGUACUGCAUCCGCGCACUGCAGCAGGAACUGCGAGAGAUCGCUCCUACGCAGCGGCCCUUGUUGGUAUACGAUCACUUCGAUAUCUCUGUUCUUGAGUCCGUCGAGAGCUUCUUCGGACUGGAGACGCAUCAUGUGGAUCUGUCCGAAGGAGAAAAAGCCAUCAUGCAUUACCUGAAGGACGUUACAUGUGCCGGAGCCAGACCAAUCAUAUUCGCAGCCACACUGGCGAACCAGAACGGCGUCUGUGACGAUAUGGGGCUCAUAUGCAAGAUCACGGAGAAAUUUCCCCUUAUUCUCCAUGUCGAUGCUUCGCGCAACUUCGAUUACAUCACAACCCUGAGCGAGAACGGCCGCACUCGCUUGGAGAUCGAGAAGUUCACCUUGGGAGUCAAGCCCUUGAAAGAUUCUGUUCGAGCCCCCAAUGGGUCAAUAUUGGUCAGUACCAUCGUCGCCGGCAGCUCAAGCCAUGCCUCUUGGGCACCGGCAGCUGCGUUGAAACCGGCUUCACUGGGUGAGAAACAAGCAAGAGUCGCGUAUAUCCGGGCUUCGGACUCGACUCUUGCGGGCUCUCGAGAUGCUCUUGCACCGUUGUGGAUGGCACUGCAAGAGAUGCGUCUGGGGGAAUCGGGGUUUCGACAGGUUUACGAACACUGCGCUGGCGUGCGAGCUGAGUUGCUUCGGGCCCUUGAAUCUUGGGGUAUCUCGGCGAUUACAGUCCCUUACAGUCUUGAUAUUCUCCUCAAACGCUCCUCAGCGGUGCAGAUGGAGCGACUCGCGGAGCUAGGAGGCAUUGUGGUCAACAAUGGGGACGUCAUGCUUACGGUACGGCCGAACGUCAAGCCCAGUGAUAUUGAAUCGGUCAUCGAGAUCAUGUCGCUGAAGCCUCGUCCUGCCGACCACUUGGCAGAGCUCCCUCCAUACAUCGACUUCUCGACUCUCUACCCGAUCCCUCAGACCAUCAUCGGCGAGCUCAAGGCGAAAGUGCAAUCAUGGAAAAUUGCAACCCGAUCCGCGACCGGCUACCCAUUCCACAUGGGCUCCUACUCCGCCCUCGGGCCCGUCGUCGGCCGCUUUCUAGACAUCAACAUACCCCAAGACUGUAUCAAAACCAAAGCUGACGAAGUCCUGACAGCCCGACUAAGCGCAUUCGGUCUCCGCAUGCCUGAAGAGCGAUCGCUAUUCAAGGGUGCUUUCACUAAUGGAAGCACAAUGGGCAACCGCGUGGGCAUCCACGUUGCUCUCAAGAAUUUCCGAGGCGCAGUCGUAUACUUCUCCGCCGAGACUCACUACAGCGUGGCGAAGACAGCGCGGGACUGCGACGGGCUCACGAAUCGCUGGUCCGGCAGUGGACCGCGAUACUCUCAGAUCCCGUGCGGUGCGGACGGAAGCAUUCUUGUCGAUGCGCUCGUGAGGCAAGCCGUCGAGGAUAAGAAGCGGUGUCUUGAACGCGGCGACAGCUACCGUAUGGUCCUGUUCGCAAAUAUGGGCACGACUUUCGUCGGGGCUCGAGACGACAUCACGCGCAUCCACGACAGCCUGGCUAAAGUCGGUAUCGCCAUCUCGUACAUCCACGUGGACGGCGCCCUCGACUUCGGCUUCGACAACUGCGGCAUCAGGCUAGGGCCACCAGGAAGCCAAGGGCCUGACGGAACGCCCAUGGUCCAAGGCGUGACGCUCAGCCACCACAAAGCUCUAGGCCACACGGUCUCCGGCGAGGUGCUAUGUUUCAGUCCCAGAGACGAACUCCCAUCAUUAGCUGCGAGCGUAGACCCAAGAGCCGUCUUCGAGACUUGGCUCUACUCUCGGAUCUACGCACCAGACGAUGUCGGCCAGAUGCUGAAUCAAUGCCAGGAUAACGCCGCACACUUGGAGGCUAGACUUCGACGCAUCGGCGUCGUGACGAAACGGAAUCCGCAAAGCAUCAUUACGGUCUUUGAGAGACCGCCCGCGUGGAUCAUCGAGGAGUUCUCGUUGAGACCGGAGGGUGACUGGGUCCACUUCAUUGCGAUGCCACAUGUUUCUCGGGAGACUGUCGACCUUUUCGUCGAGCGUAUCGCGUGGGUGGAUAGGCAGUGCGAGGUGGCCUUCAGCUACGUGGCCCCUUUAUUCGAAGCGGCACUGCUGCUUCCGGUCAAGCUCAGACGGCUUCAAUGUCGGAACCCGUUGACUAAGAAAGUAGCAGAGCUUGAUAUCAGUGUAGGCUCCGGUGACAGUCCGGACACUGUGAUCAAAGCUAUUCUACGCGGUGCUUUAUCAGUCGCCGUCCUCGAUGCGGACGACCGGCUUCAGGCCGUGAUACUCGUCGAUUCGGCUCGCGACAAGUCAAUGCACGCUGGUCCGGUUCUACUCGGUUCGUAUCAUCGUAGCAACAGCGCAGCGGUAGUCGAUAUAGCCAAGCAGCUAGUGGGCUUCAUGGGGCGGCACAUGGAUGCCAUGUUGAGGGUCGAUGACAGGAGCAACGUGGUGUACAAUUUCUGCGACCGAGGGUACAGUAGUUAG